CUUAUUAUACCUACGUCAUUCAUGACUAUAAUCAUGAUUCCUGACUAAAUUAAGAUCUAUGGAUAGACCUAUAAUUUGAAUCUUAGAUCAUAUACGUCAUAUGAUCUAAGAUUUGAUCAAUCGAAUAAUAUAGAUCAUAUUAUUCGAUUGAUCAAAUCUCUUUGAUUAAGUUUUUAUCAGUCAUAGUUAACCGCCAUAACAUUAUUAUAGAAAAUUAGAAAGUGAAAAGUGGAAGAUUUAAGCUCAACGUGUCUUACAAUGCUGCAGGCUACUCAGCUGCAGUGGCCACUCGCCUCUGUACACUUGGCAGUUGGCACUCAGGCAGUUGCUUUGUAGCUGCUAGUUUGUAUUUAGUUGUUAGAUACUGUACAUUUGUACAUUUUCUUAAGUUUUCUGCAUUAUAUAGGUCUUUUUUUAUAAGUUAUUUCAUACGACAGUUUCAACUAUUGUUAAUAAUGUCUGACUUUGAAUCUAUAACUGCAUUGCUUAAAAAAUAUGAUCAAGAACAUAUUAUUAAAUUUUGGAAUAGACUCACUGAAAAAGAAAAAAAAUUUCUGUUGGAAGAUAUUUGUGAACUGAACAUUCCUGAAGUUGUUGGAAUGUUUAAAAAAACUGUAGAAACUAUGAAUGCCAAUCAUCAAAAGUUGGACAAUAGAAUGAAUCCUAUACCCGCUGAACUAUACGGUGCUGUGAACCGUAGCCCAAAAGAACUUUUGAUUAAAUAUGAGCAAAUUGGACUUGAGCAGAUAUCUCAAGGUAAAGUUGGAGUCUUAUUAAUGGCUGGAGGGCAAGGUACAAGGCUUGGAGCUAACUACCCUAAAGGUAUGUAUGACAUCGGUUUACCUUCUCAUAAAUCAUUAUACCGUAUACAAGGGGAACGUAUUCGCUGCCUGAUUAGGCUAGCAAAUAAAGAUUUUGGAAGCAGUAAAGGUUUACCUUGGUUUAUAAUGACUAGUGAACAUACUAUGGAACCCACUCGUAAAUACUUCAAGGAAAAUAAUUAUUUCGGCCUAGAUGAAAAAAAAAUUAUAUUUUUUGAACAAUAUAUGUUACCAGCAUUUACAUUUGAUGGGAAAAUCGUUAUGGAAGGUAUAAAUAAAAUAUCUAAAUCUCCAGAUGGUAAUGGUGGUAUAUAUAAAGCUUUACGUGAUCGUAAUGUUUUGGAUGAGAUUAAAAGGCUAGGUGUUCAAUACCUCCAUGCUCAUAGUGUAGAUAAUAUAUUAGUUAAAGUAGCAGAUCCAAUAUUUAUUGGGUACUGCAUAACAAAGAAUGCUGAAUGUGGGGCAAAAGUUGUUGAAAAAGCAUAUCCUUCUGAGCCACUAGGUGUUGUAUGUGAAGUUGAUGGAAAAUUUCAAGUUGUUGAAUAUAGUGAAAUCACUGAAAAUACAGCUGAAAAAAGAAAUCCUGAUGGUCGUUUAACCUUUAGUGCUGGUAAUAUUUGCAACCAUUUUUUUACAACUGAUUUUUUAAACAGUGUUGCACAUAAAUAUAAUAGUAAAUUAAAACUGCAUGUGGCUAAAAAAAAAAUAUCUUUUGUGAAUGAUGAUGGUAUCGCAUGCAAACCAGAAGAACCAAAUGGCAUCAAAAUGGAGAAAUUUAUAUUUGAUGUAUUUGAAUUUUGUAAUCGUCUUGCUGUUUGGGAAGUAGAAAGAGACGAAGAAUUUAGCGCUUUGAAAAAUGCAGAUGUGCCUAAUGGUAAAGAUAACCCUAAAACUGCACGCUUAGAUGUCUUUUCACUUCAUAGAAAAUAUGUUGAAAAAUCUGGAGGUCAAUUUACAACCGAUGACAUUGAAUGUGAGAUUUCUCCUCUAUUAUCUUAUGCUGGUGAAGGUCUUAAGCACUUGGUUGAUGGUAGGAUUUUCAAUUCUUUACUAGAAUUAAAAUCUGCCGAAGAAAUAUCUAAGAACAAUAGUUCUAAUGUAAAUUAAAUGUUUGUUUUAUUCAUACCCUAAGUGGGUUCCUGGUUAAAUAUAUUUUAUGAUUGAUUUUAACGAAUACGUAUCAGUUUUCUAAGUUUAUUUAACUCAAAUUUUCUUUUCGAUAAUUUUACUAGUUAUUAUACAAAAAUGGCCCAAUGUUUAUAAUUUGUUUUAAGUUGUAUACUUAUAUAAGUUAUAAAGUUCUAAUAUUAUUAUUAAUAAUAAUCAUAAUAUUGCGAUAAAUUUCUAAUAUGUUGAUAUUAUCCCUAUUAAUACUUAAUUUGUAUGACUUUUUGUAUAGUUAAAUUUCCAAAAUUAUGUAAAGAAAUUUUUCUAAUUAUUUUUUUAAUUCUAUAAUAUAUUUUAUACAUUUUAGUUUUUAUUUAAAUAUAAAAACAUAUACACAUAUAUUAAAUAUUUGUUAGUACUAAUAAUAUUGUACUUAAAAUUUUAAAUUACUUAUUAAAAUAUUUUUGUACUGUGUUAAUGAUUUAUCUGUAAAGUCUAUAAUAUAAAUGUUACUUUUUAAAAGAUUACAAUUUUUUUUUUAUUCUUAAAUAAUAAUAAUAUCAUGUAACCCUGGCAGAAAAUGCAAUAAGCUAAUUUCUAAAAUAAAUAAUACUUGUUUUUAA